CCUGUGAGUAGCGCAACUGUUUCAGCCACUUUAAUUAGUUGGUUAUUCACCAGUUCGUCUGCCCAUACGCUGCUCUAGAAGCACCAGUACACAGAAGUCUGCGCAAAUCCAUUAGAAGAGCAAGAAUCAUCGAAAACUUUAAGAUAACAAUGGCUUUGUCUAGCGCUGAGGAAACGGACGAUGGGCUCAUCGUUUUCGGCUAUUGGGAUAUUCGAGGACUGGGCCAAGCUAUUCGCUAUGUUCUUGAGUACGCAGGAUUGCAAUACGACGAACACCGGUACCCACUUGGAGAAAAACUUGAUGGGCGCCAAGAAUGGCUUAAGGUGAAGUUCACCCUCGGGUUGGACUUCCCAAAUCUGCCAUAUCUGAAAAUGGGUAAGGUGCGCAUGUCCCAGUCCCUUGCCAUACUCCGUUUUCUGGCACGGCGUACAGGCCUCUUUCCGGGCACUGAAGAAGGACAGCAACGGGUCGAUCUCGCAGAACAGCAGGUGUACGAUAUCAUCUGGCAUAACGUGCGUGUCUGCUAUGAUUCGCAGUAUAACGAUAAGAAAAAGGAGGAGUACAUGAAGCAAUAUUUAGAACUUUACUGUCCUCAGUUGGAGACUUUCCUGGGUGAUCGAAGCUUCAUUGUAGGCGACGAGCUAACCUAUGUUGAUUUUCUCGCUUAUGAAAUGUUCGACCAGCACAGGGUAUUGUGGCCGGAAUAUGAAAAGAUGUACGCUCCAUUUCCUCAGAUCAACGCAUACCUCCAGAGACUCGAAGCUCUUCCAAAAUUCGCGAAGUUCCUUCAAAGUGAUAAGUACAAGGCGUGGCCGGUUUGGAGUGAGCUAUCGUAUUACGGCGGGCCUGCUAUGCCUCCUCCUCGUCCUCCUAUAAGAUAAGUUCCCACGAUGAUGAUGAUGAUCGUGCGACAGCUUACUACGGCGAAAUAGACUAAGCAACUGAACGCAAUUUGCCCAAAAAUAAUGAAGCUGGAAACCUUCCUAAGAUGUAUUGCCGUAACAAAAAAAAACUUUCGACUAAGACAGAUAUCAUUCUAAUCUUGUGAACGAACUAGUAAAAUGAAUUAAGUACGUUGGAUGAAAUAGGAUAUAUAACACAUUUCUUACGGAUUAAACAUUUACAACUAUCUGUUAAUAAAUUAUUGACGACUGAUGGAUCACCCGAACAUUUUAAUUCGCUAUAUAAAAUGUGUUGUUUUGUUUUAAAUGAGCUUAUUAUCAACUAAUCUGUACAUUCAAAGUUUUCACAAGUGGUUCACAGGUACUGUAUUAUUGCAAUUCCUUAAGCUGAUCUGUUAAAAAAAUAUUUCUUUUAUACCUCUGAAAUCACGAUGUAUGCAUAAUGGAGGAAGUGGUGUGAGGAAAUGACUGAAACAAUAACAGCGUGUUCCCUCUUCUUCUUUAAGUACAUAUCUUGUGCCCCUAUUUAAGCUGGAAUAGACAAGUUAUAGAGUAGUUGUGAUUUUUCGUGUAUAUGCAAAACGGGGCAUCUAAAUACUUAUUGAAAUACUUACUUAUUUUGCUGAAUUCUUUCUAAAACUGCAUCUAAAUAAAAACAAAUAUUUCAAUGAAGUUA